AGAGAGAGAGAGAGAGAGAGAGAGAGAGAGAGAGAGAGAGAGAGAGAGGGAGAAAAGGACAGAAAGAGACAAAGACUGAGAAAAGGACUGAGAAACGCGCUUCGUCGACUCUACUCCAAACCUCGGCGAGAGUUCGCGGAGAGGGUGAAGGGCGCCGUGGAGGGGGGAGUGAUGCCGGCCGUGAGCGUGGCACAGCGCCCUCCAGGUGGAAUCCCACUCCACGCCGGCGUGCCGGUAGCACCCAGCAGCGUAACCGCUCCCGGUCCGUCGGGCCGGUGCCUCGGGGGCCCGGCAGCACCCCCCGCCGGCUCGCCACCGCUGCCGCCGUCACUGCAAUCCCUCGGCGGCGGUGUCGCAAAUAGCACCACCAGCAACAAUAUCGUCAAUCCGAACAUCGUCAACCCCAACAUCGGCCACAGCAGCGGCGGUAACAGCGGCAACGUCAGCAACAAUCACCAUCUCGGCAACAGCGCUCUAGGUAUCAACACGGCGAGCGGCGCCACGAAUCCCCUGCAGGCGAUGGCAUCGGCGGCGGCCUCGCUCACGCAGCUCAACAAUAUGGCAAACGGCCCGUUGCCGCCGCUCACGGGUACGGGCCCCACCGGACCGCCGAGUUUGCCGCCCCCGCAGCCCGCCACGACGCCGACGCACGGCGGCCCGCCGACGCCUCACGGUGGUGUAAGCGCGGCGCCCCAUCUCAACGGCGCGUCGCCGAGUCCUCAUCCGAUGCCGCCUCAUGGCAUGAUGAGCGGUUCUCCCCAUACGCCUCACCCGCACAUGGGGGGCGGUGGACCCUCGCCGCAUCCCCAUCACCCAGGACCUCACAUGGUCGGCUCGCCGCAUCAUCCAGCGCCCCAUCCGAUGGGUCCGGCUGGUAUGAUGGGCCCGGCCGGUAUGCAACCUCAAGGUGGACCCGGUAUGUGCGGGCCUGGACCCACCGGCCCGAUGGGGCCGCACGCGCACCCUCAGGGACCAGGGGUACCUGGACAGCCACAUAUGCAGCCGCAUGAUCCGUUCUAUUGCUCGCCAUUCGGGACACCCUAUUUCAGAUCGUUACCUGUCCCCAGGAGGCAUACUCCGUACUUCAGCCAACCGGACUACAGGCUGUACGAGCUGAACAAGAGGUUGCAGCAGCGCACCGAGGAAAGCGACAAUCUUUGGUGGGACGCCUUCGCGACCGAGUUCUUCGAAGACGACGCCACCCUCACGCUCACCUUUUGCUUGGAGGACGGACCGAAGAGAUACACGAUAGGAAGGACGUUAAUACCUAGGUACUUCCGCUCGAUAUUCGAGGGCGGAGUGACGGAACUUUACUACACUAUGAAGCACUCGAAGGAGUCGUUUCAUAACACCAGCAUAACCCUGGACUGUGAUCACUGCGUCAUGGUCACGCAUCAUGGAAAGCCGGUCUACACGAAGGUGUGCACGGAGGGUAGGUUAAUAUUGGAGUUCACCUUCGACGACCUCAUGAGGAUAAAGUCGUGGCAUAUGUCGGUGAGAGGUCAUCGAGAGCUAGUGCCGAGGUCGGCUUGCAUGCAGCAGGACCCGACUUUGUUGGAGCAGCUCAGCAAGAACAUCACCAGGCAGGGCAUCACCAAUUCCACCCUCAACUACCUUAGGUUAUGCGUGAUCCUGGAGCCAAUGCAGGAACUGAUGUCGAGGCACAAGGCGUACGCGUUGUCACCGCGCGACUGUUUGAAGACGACCUUGUUCCAGAAAUGGCAGAGGAUAAUUGCACCGCCGGGUAAGAGAGGAGAAUCGCAGCGGCCCGCAAGCAAAAGAAGAAAGCGAAAGGGCAGUACCUCGGGGCCGGGCAACAACGCGCCUCCUGCGCCGAGCAAGAAGAGAUCGCCAGGGCCAAAUUUUUCCCUCGCGUCGCAGGACGUAAUGGUUGUGGGUGAACCCUCCUUGAUGGGUGGCGAGUUCGGCGACGAGGACGAGCGACUGAUCACGAGGCUGGAGAACACGCAGUACGACGCUGCGAACAGCCUGGAUCCUCAUAGUCAUGACGCGUCAGGCGGCCCACCCCCGCAUCCCCAUCAGUUCCAUUCGGAACCGACCCCGGGCAAUUCCUGGCCGCCAGAUCGUGGUCCCGGCCCGCCACAAGGUGGACCUGGCAGUCAGGGUGUCCAGGGUGGCCAAGGUGGCGCGGCUGCGGGAGUACAGGGAUCGCAGGACGCCAGUCAACAGCAGCAAGACAAAAAGAGCCCCGCGCGGGGCGAGAAUCCUAGCCUCCCCACCGCCGCCUAUCUGGGCCCUCCCGGCUCCACGGCUGGCAGAAUGUCGCACGUCGGCGUACUACCACCGCUUGCUUGCCAACCCGGUCUGCCAGCCGCUCACCAUCAUCAUCCGGAGCAGCAUCCGCAGUUAGGUCACGUGACCGCCGCAGCCGCCGCAGCCGCCGCGAUGGGGAUGGAAUCCUCGGAGCUGAUGGCAGUAGCUCAUUAUCAGGCGCAACAGCUGCAGCGACAAUUGCUGGCCGAGCAAUCGGCCACGGGCGCAAUGUUACCGCCGUCUGCUCAGCCUACUGGUGGAGGCUUGACGCAGCCGCUCCAGCAGCAAGGACAGCAAGGUCAACUGCAACCGGGUCAAGACCCAUUGCAGAGCCUGGUGCAGCAACUGCUCUGUCUACAGCAGAUCGAGUACUUCCUCGCGCAGCGCGGUCCCAAGUGAUAACGCGAAGAACGGAGAAAAUGAGAACAAGAGAAAGAGGUACAAACAGACAGACAGCAAGAUAGAUAGAAGACAGUUUCCACGCGGUAGUGAACCGGAGGAAUGAGAGAAGCGUAUGACGUGUACAGGACUCGAUACUCGAGUGGAGAGAAGUAGAAAUGAAAAGGAGGAGCGGGAAAGAGGUGUUCGCGUGUUCGCGCCGCUGCGAAAGUGCUGUUUCUAUGUCGAUAGACGAACUCUGCUCCCAGGCGAGAGUGACCCGCACCCGCCGUCGUUGCGGCUGAGAGAACGAACCUACUAAUCCACGUGGUGAGACUCUUCGGGAAGAUCUUUCUACUUUUGGACGGAGGGGAGAUGGUGUGGUGUCUCCGAGUCCCUACCACGAUAGUACGGGAGGAAUUGUGAAGUCCGGAUGAAGAUGCGGCGGAGGAUGAGGAAUGAGACGACAGAGGUUGUGCAAAGUGUGCCCGUUACUCGUGGAUCGCUACGUAUCGUUUCGGGACACCGUGUGCGAACGGUGACCUCCAGAAAUUAGUGGGGUCGAGCGUUUUAGCGUGUGAUAAAAACUUUAUGUCAGAAAUUAUGUUAAAUAUGUGAGAGGUGUGAGCAAAGAGUGAGACUGGUGGUGAAAGAUCGCUUCGGACGGGAAACUGACAGGAAAAAAAAGAAUAAAAAAAAAAAGAAACGUUACGCAACACGCGGCAGAGACGAUUAUCCCGCUCUGGCGCGAGUUGUGAAUGAAUCUCUGUCCGUAAACAGUAUUCGUAUAAUUAAUAGAGUAAAUGAAUAUAAGAAAAAAAAAUAUUGUAAGAGGUAAUCAUAAGUAUGUAUUUGUGCAAACGUCAGUGUGCAAGUUAGACAGAAUGCGCGGUGUGAUAGUGACUAGAAUGCGAGAGAGAUUAGAAUGAAAGGGAGAAGAGAGAGAGCAAACGAGUGUGCGAGGUUGCGAGUGCGUAAACGAGAGAGAAAGAAAGAAAGUAAGUAAGAAAGAAAGGAAGGAAGGAGGGAAGGAAGUAAAGAAUGAAGAGGGAGGCACAGAAAGAUAAACGAGAAAACCGCUAGAGUCGUCCUUGACUCGUAGAUUUUUUAACCGCCGAGACCGAUCGAAUGCCAACGCACACAGACCCUGCUGAUUGUCCCGGGGACUCUUUGUAGAAUUUUAUCCUUUAUUAUUAUUAAUAAUUAUUUAACGAACCACGAAAAGAGUGAGAGUAUUUUGCACAGUAAGCGUAUAUAAGUGACCUCGCUCCGAAGAAGGUUCACGCGACGUCGGAAUGCGUUGUAGCAAGUGUUUUAAAGUCUCUCGAGACCGAGACCGACGGUGGGAUCAAUUGCCGCGGUGCAGGAAAAUUUGUAAGAGAACGGCCGCAUGUUUCUGGUACUGUCGCUUCGCAUUACGUUUACGGCACAUUGCGGUACGACACGUAGCACAGCACGUACCCACGUCCACGUUGAAUUAUAUCCGACCCUCUCGUACGCGGAUUAUUAUAGGUGAAUAUUAUAUGUUUCAUCGACUUGAACGCGAUGUUACUUUUUAUUUCUUUUUUUUUUUUUUUUUUUUUUU